CUGGAAUCAAAUUCAGUUGUCUUGUUUGCAUGAUGGCAUCGUCUUCAAGUCCAAAAAAGGAAGUGGAAGGGGAUAGCAUAACGGUGCUAAAUUGGCUUGAACUUCCAAGAGACAUCAUCGCAACAAACAUUCUCCAAAGGCUUUCUAUCACUGAAAUCAUCACUAGUGCAUGCCUAGUAUGUCCUCUAUGGUGGAACAUAUGCAAGGAUCCUCUCAUGUGGCGCAUCAUUAACUUAACCAUACUUGAUACUUCUUCCAAGGAUUUAAAGAAGAUUGUUGAUUAUGCCCUUGAACGAAGUUGCGGAAAUCUGGAAGAGAUUAAUAUUGAGUGUUUGUGCAGUGAUGGUCUCUUAAAAUACAUAGCUAACCGUGCAAGUAACCUACGACGCAUACGACUUAAAAGACCGAGUCUUUACAAAAGAUUUUGUGAAGUUGUUAAGAAGCUUUCACUAUUAGAGGAGGUUGACGUUUCACUUAGCUGCAUAUCUAAAGAUUCUCUUAAAAGCAUUGGUCGAGGUUGCCCUCUUUUAAAAUUAUUGAAAUUUAAAAAGAAGUGUUGUGAAGAUAUCAAAUGUGAUGAAGAUGCCUUUGCUAUUGCAAACACCAUGCCUAAGCUACGCCUUCUUAUGAUUUUUGGAAACUCACUCACUAAUGUUGGGUUGCUUUCCAUUCUUGAUGCAUGCCCUCUUCUUGAAGAUCUUGAUUUGCGAGAAUGUCUUAAUCUUGAUUUGAGUGGAAGAUUGGGUAAAAGGUGUCAAGAUCAGAUCAUAUACUUACGGCUUUCAAAUUACGAUGUAGAUGACACUUGCUAUGAUCAUGAUAAUUCUUGUCAACAAAGUCAAAGGAAGAUGUAUACUCAUUCUGAUCUUACGGUCUGGUUAAGUUAUGCGGAGCUCCCUAAUACUCCUACUAGAUAUUAUGAUGUUGAUGAUAAUGAUAAUGAUAAUGAUUAUUAUUGUCCAAGUCUAUGUGACAGUCUAGAGUAUGAUUUUGAUUAUUUACUCGAACUAUAUGAAAAUGAAAAUUUGGAUGGUUCAUCUUAUGAUUAUGCUUGAAGAGACUCAAAUGUUAAUCAUAUUUUUAAAUGAAGCGGACUUCAGUUUUCAAAGGACCUUGUACACAUGCUAGGUUGGCAUGCUUUGUUAAUCAGAUAGUUUAUCUUUUCUUGUAUUUGUUGCUAAAUGAGUCCCAAUGUGGUUUUUGUUUAUGCACUAUUUUGAAAAUGUUAUAGUACUUGCUAACUUUCGAAAUUUGAGCAA